CGACACAAUCUGCUUCGACACUCCGCAAGGCGCAGCCGCCUCUAUCGCCUCAGGUGACAAGGUCUUCUGUAGCAAUGAUCAAUCAAUCACUGCGGGUAAUUGGCUCCCAAAAAAACACACAACAAAGUGUAGUGUAGUUCUCCAGUAAACUGUUCACUUCAUUUUUUAUUUUGUGCCUGUGAAAAUUUAGCACUCUUUAAUUGAUAAAUUUAUCGUUAUUAGUUGGUUGUCUUAUGCACACUGCACAUGUGCACAAUUAUUUAUUGGUGGUGAUAAAACUUUAUAGUUAUUAGUUAGUUGUCUUAAGCACAUAGCACACGUGCACAAUUAUUUAUUGGUGGUAAUAGAUUUAUACUUAUUAGUUAGUUGUCUUAUGAACACUGUACAAGCGCAAAAUUAUUUAUUGAUGGUGAUAAAUUUAUAGUUAUUAGUUAGUUGUCUUAGGUACAAUGCACAUGGACACAAUUAUAUUAGUUAUAGAAUUUGAAAACAUCGUGUUAAAAUUUCGCACUCUUAUAAUUCUUUUUUGCGUGUGUGAAACUCAAGGGCCUCACAUUUGAAUGUUCGCCUAGGGCCUCUCAAAAUAUUUGGAAUCUCAGGGCUGGCCCCGUAGAGGGUGUUAUCAUCUAAUUGCUUGCUACAAAGAAGAACCAGGUUAACGACCUCUCUCUCUCUCCCCCAACACACACAGCCACACACAGUAAUGCCCACCCCUCUCAACUUAGUUCCUUUCUUUGCUUCACUCCUUGACUCAUGUUUGUCCACAAAGAAUUUGAUAAAAUUGAAACAAAUACAUGCGAAAAUCAUAUCGGUAGGAAUUUCCCGCCACGACUUUAUACGAUCAAAGCUCGUUUCUAACUAUGCUGCCUGUGCCCAAAUGCUCGAUGCCACCCACAUAUUUUCUCUCACUAACCGCCAAUCCACCUUCCUUUACAACUCCCUCAUCAGAGGCUUCUCUUCCCUCAACCUCUUCUCUCAGUCCCUCUCCCUUUUUCGCCAAAUGCUCUAUGCCCACAAACCCAUUGACCGACACACCUUGCCCACCGUUCUCAAAUCUUGUGCUGGCUUAUCGGCCCUCCGACUUGGCCGCCAAGUCCACCUGGUGGUUUUAGCGAAUGGGUUUGGUUCAGAUGUUCCAAAUUUAAGUGCUUUGAUUACGAUGUACUCAAAGUGUGGAGAUUUGGUUAGUGCCCGGUGGGUGUUUGAUAAAAUGCCGGAGAUGAACUCGGUUACUUGGUCAGCAAUGAUGGCGGGCUAUGGGAUGCAUGGAAAUUCUGGUGAGGUGUUUGUGUUGUUUGAACAGAUGGUGAAUGCUGGGGUAUUGCCGGAUGGAAUGACUUUUACUACUGUUCUGACAGCGUGUAGUCAUGGGGGUUUGACGGAUAAGGGGAGGGAGUAUUUUGAGAUGAUGAAGGGAAGGUUUGGUCUGAGGCCCAGGUUGGAGCAUUACACUUGCAUGGUGGACAUGUUGGGGCGGGCUGGCUGUGUUGAGGAAGCGGAGGUGUUGAUUGAGGGAAUGGAGGUGGAGCCGGAUGAGGCUCUGUGGGGUGCAUUGCUAGGGGCUUGUAAGAUUCAUCGGAAGGUGGACGUGGCUGAGAGGGUGGCUGAGAAGAUCUAUGGGAGGAGAUUGAGUGCAACAUCUCUGUAAUAAUUC